AUGGAGCAAGCUAGACCGUUGUUAAAACAUGGUUUUCCAGAUAAUUCUGAUACUGAUGACGAUAAUCAAAUUGAAACUUCAAAUAAUCGCUCUGAUAAGAUUAAAACGUCGGUUCAAGAUAUAAACGAUGAAGUGAAAAGUUUUUCCGACGACAACUAUUCGAUCAACAGUGAUCUUUUGAAAUACAAGAAAGAUUGGGCCCGGGACAGGGAAGUCUUGCCUACAAGUGCUCUUUUAAAUGAAGACGUAUCUUUAAAAAUCAUUCCUAAUGUCUUCCAACAUCCUUCUUCCAGUUUCCCAUACCAGAUAUGGAAUUUGUUCUGCCAAAAUUUAUCUAAGGCUAUCUUGAAGCAAGUAAUGUUGGCUAAUUGGACGAAAUUUUCAGAAAUUGACAAGGUGAUAUCAUGUCUUGUCUUCUGUGUCUGUGAACCAGUGAAGACCACCCUAGAAGCUUUAGCCUAUCCUCGUAUUUUAAUCCUCUGCUUUGGAGUGGUGAUAGUACGUAUCGUCGGCACGUUGGGUGAAGAAAAUAUCUGGUUACUAAUCAAAAAGAUUAAAGAACUUAACAAUGGCUACUUAGAAAAUUGCUUUGCUGUAUUCAUUUCCAAUCCACAACAAAAAGAUUACCACGUUAUUCUUCUAUACAAGGAUCCAAUAAAGUCUCAUGUCUAUGAUUUCGAUUGCAGACUCAGCUUUCCAUGCAGUUUUGAGGAGUACAACAAAAGUUGUUUGAAAUCUGACAAGAUGUUGCUCGAAGAUUUUCGCAGGUUUUUUUUUGAUAUAUUCAGAAUGCAAGACCAAUCUCCAGAAUUUCAUAAAAAUGGACGAUACCAACUUUUACGGAAAUGUCAUGUCAUCAGAUGA